CUGAAGCUACCUGGUAAACCCUUAGCCCAAUCUAAUCCAAAUAAAAGCCUAAAGCCAUCUUGCAAAGCCCAAGCCUCAGCUAGUUUGGAAAUGCUUGCCCCUCAACUAAGAGAAGGAACAGGCAUAAGGAAGGGAAAAUUGGGGGAGAGGUGGAAAGAGUACCAAGGGAGCAAGAAUUGGGAAGGAUUGUUGGACCCUUUGGAGGAGAACAUGAGAAAUGAGAUCCUUAGAUAUGGGGCAUUUGUCCAAGCAGCUUAUACUUCCUUCAAUUUCGACCCUUCUUCUCCCUCUUAUGCCUCUUGCAAGUUCUCCGAGUCAUCGAUGCUCCAGCUUUGCGGCCUGCCCGAGACUGGCUACAGGGUGACUAGGAAUCUCCAUGCCACAUCAGGAAUUCGACCGCCACACUUCUUGACAAAGCGAUCGAGCUAUAUCGGCUAUGUGGCGGUGUGCCAGGAUGAGGAGGAGAUCACAAGGCUAGGCAGACGCGACGUGGUCAUUGCAUAUAGGGGAACUGCUACUUGCCUCGAGUGGUUAGAUAACCUCCGAAGUAUGCUGACUCAGAUUCCCAAUUCCACAUUGGAGUGUGAUAUGCCUCAACCUAAGGUGGAGAGUGGAUUCUACAGCCUCUAUACAUCUCAGGAUGACACGUGCCCGAGUUUGUCGGAGGAGGUUAUAGAUGAAGUCGGGAAGAUACUGAGAACUUCCGACAGCACAAAACCAUUGAGCAUAACGAUUACCGGCCAUAGCCUUGGUGCUGCCCUUGCAGUCCUGACAGCCUGUGAUAUACGAGCUGCAUUCCCUUCCUCUCCUAUAUCCAUAACCGUGAUUUCUUUCGGCGGUCCCCGAGUUGGGGACCGCCUCUUCAGCCAGCAUUUAGAGAAUCAAGGGAUCAAGAUCCUGAGGAUCGUUAACACGCACGAUGUUGUGACAAGGGUCCCUGGAAUAGUGAUCGAUGACACAGGGGUCAAAGGCCAUGCCAAAUUACCUAAGUGGCUAAUGACAGGGCUUCAGGGAAUGCCAUGGGUCUAUGCCGAAGUGGGGCAGGAGCUCCGUGUCAGCAGCGAGGACUCACCCUACCUAAAUCCCAAUGACUUCGCAAUGUGUCAUGACCUGGAAGCCUAUCUGCAUUUGGUCGAUGGGUUCCUGAGCUCUGCAUGUCCCUUCAGAGCCACUGUGAAACGUGAUUUUCUGCAACUUCUUGCUGCACAGGCAACAACAGUGUGGUGUAAGGCCCUAACAAUGUUAUCUCCUUCUACAAGUAAUUGAGGAUAUACAACUCGACAAUGCCUUAAGUGCACUAUAGAUUGUGCUACGAAAGCAUCGUCAAGCACAAACAACUCAAACAGGAUGUAUUGCAAGUGCCAAAUAUGUGGGUUCUUCUAAUGGUGUGAUGAAUAUGUUUCUACCAUGCAAAAUGUCAAUUUAAAGCAUCGCAUUACAAAACAAUGGAAUCCAAUGGAUGAAUUUGAAUAAAGAAAUAUUGGCAAUGACACAAUACUAAGUGUCAUAGGGCAUUUGCAUCAUUUUGAACUCGGUGCCUUCGAGUGUUCACAACAAUUGUUGUAUUUUUUGUAUAUAAUAAAUGUUUGUAUGUUUGUACCUAUCUUUUUUGUUUUUAUAGUGCUUAUUCAAAACAUGUGACAGUAUUUUGGG